AUGACCAAAAUGAAUUACGAAGCAUACCUUCUGUUGAUUUACCCAGGAACACAAUGGAAACUCACACCGCUCCUACAAGGGUCCGUCAAUGAUACACUGCGUGCUACCAAGACAGCUGGCCAGCAGGGCCCUCAGUCUCUCAUCCUGAAGCAUGCAUCUGGCACUUUUGAAGACGAGGGUCUUGAGGUUGAAGCAACCGUGCUUCAUCUCUGGGAUACGCAUGAGCCAUUACACCAGUUUAAGUUGACUGGCGAUACGUGGAUGCUGCCGAAAUGUCUACGACAUGACCAAGGAACGCAAGCCGAGCUACAUCUCUCAACGAGCAGUGAAACCGCCUCCAUACUUCUACAGCAAGAUCUAGGUGACCUCACCGAUAUUUUCAGCUGCAUCAAGUCUUUGUCUGAGAAGCCAAAGCCCCAAGAUACAGCUCACAUAUCAGCUCUGGGCAAUACUCUGGGACGAUCUCUCGCAAACUUACAUGAUCCAGCGACACUUCGCGCCGUCCUUGCCGAGCCCAGACUUGAAAGAACCCUGACUCAAAAUCUCACAAAUGAAGUAAUCUGGUCAGCAACAAUGGAACAAUUACCAAGCUACUUACAAGAUUUUCCCAACGGCGAUGCCCUCUUCCAACGAGUAGCAGAAGAUAUCCGCAACCCCAAAUACACAUACCCAGCCUGUCUUGCCCACGGUGACUUUCACACCGGAAACGUUGCCGUCUCUGCAUCCAACAUACAAGAGCGAGAUCAGCAACCCAAAGUCAUUGACUGGGAGUUUGCAACAGCGAAUGGCCGAGGGGUCAACGGUGAUGCCGCUCAGUUCCUCGCCAGUUUGCACUGCGGAAUCAUUGCCUCCAGACAAAAAGAUGGGAGUCUGGAGCUGGCCAACUUGCUAAGACAUUUCUGCAGGGGGUUCUGCACGGGCUAUCAACAGAGGGCACGUCUUGAGUGUACCAUGGAGUUAGAUGAUGUGAACUCCCAGUUGUAUCGUUCGGCUUUGUUAUUGCAUGGUAGAGAUAUGAUUAAUUAUGCGCGUGACUUUUGCGAGGGGCAUGAGGCAGAGGAGGAGAUGGUUCGAGUUGGGGUAUGGUAUCUUGAGCGGGCUGGGAAGGAUAUGGAUGACUUCUUGGGGGGGUCUAAUAUGUUGGAGUUGGAACGUGAGGAUGAGUUCCUUAUUAGGUCGCUUUUCUCCAUUGCAUAUGGAGGAUAA